AUGGCGGCGCUGGUGGUGGCGGUGCUGGUGGCGGCGGUGCUGGUGGGGGCCGAGGCGCAGUGCCCGGCCCCCAGCGCCCUGCGGACGGCCAAUGGCACCCGCAUCUGCGCCCAGCUCUACACCGACAACAGCCCCUACUACGACCAGUGCUGCGGGGGGUCCGUCCUGGUGGUGGACUGCGGCGCUGACGUCCCCUACAUGCCCCACAACUGGUCCGCCACCAUCUCCUCCUUGGUGGUGGGCACCCGCUGCGAGCUGACUGUCUGGUCUCGGGCCGGCAAGAAGGGGAAGAGUCGGCGUUUUGGGGCUGGCACGGUGCCGCGGUUGCAGGAGGUGCAGCGGGGGCUCUUCGGCAACUGGAACAACGCCAUCAGGGGUUACUACUGCAAGUGCAACUGA